CGCCGGCGCCCAGUCCGGCCGGGCGCUCCGCCAGCGGCGUAACUGGGCCUGAGCGCCGCAGCGGAGCAGGUGCUUCCCGAGGCAGGGCCAUGCUCACGUUCAUGGCCUCCGACAGCGAGGAAGAAGCGUGCAAUGAGCGGACGUCCCUGAUGUCGGCUGAGAGCCCCACGCCAUGCUCCUGCCAGGAGGGCGGGCAGGGCCCAGAGGACGGGGAGAGUGCUGCCCAGUGGAGGAGCCAGGACAGCGAGGAAGACUGUGAGGAGGACCCUGACCGCUACGUCUGCAGUGGGGUCCCUGGGCGGCCACCAGGCCUGGAGGAGGAGCUGACCCUCAAAUACGGGGCCAAGCACGUGAUCAUGCUGUUUGUGCCUGUCACUCUGUGCAUGAUUGUGGUGGUGGCCACCAUCAAGUCUGUGCGCUUCUACACAGAGAAGAAUGGACAGCUCAUCUACACACCGUUCACAGAGGACACAGCCUCGGUGGGCCAGCGCCUGCUCAACUCCGUGUUGAACACCCUCAUCAUGCUCAGCGUCAUCGUGGUCAUGACCAUCUUCCUGGUGGUCCUCUACAAGUACCGCUGCUACAAGUUCAUCCAUGGCUGGUUGAUCAUGUCCUCCCUGAUGCUUCUUUUCCUGUUCACUUACAUCUACCUCGGGGAAGUGCUCAAGACCUACAACGUGGCCAUGGACUACCCCACCCUCCUGCUGACCGUCUGGAACUUCGGGGCGGUGGGCAUGGUUUGCAUCCACUGGAAGGGGCCCCUGGUGCUGCAGCAGGCCUACCUCAUCGUGAUCAGCGCGCUCAUGGCCCUCGUGUUCAUCAAGUACCUCCCGGAGUGGUCUGCCUGGGUCAUCCUGGGUGCCAUCUCUGUGUACGAUCUUGUGGCCGUGCUGUGUCCCAAAGGGCCACUGAGAAUGCUGGUGGAAACUGCCCAGGAGAGAAACGAGCCCAUAUUUCCUGCCCUGAUAUACUCCUCUGCCAUGGUGUGGACGGUGGGGAUGGCCAAGCUGGACCCCUCCUCUCAGGGAGCCCUGCAGCUCCCCUACGACCCAGAGAUGGAAGAAGACUCCUAUGACAGUUUGGGGGAGCCCUCGUACCCCGAGGUCUUUGAGCCCCCCCUGCCUGGCUACCCUGGAGAGGAGCUGGAGGCACAAGAAGAAAGGGGCGUGAAGCUGGGCUUGGGCGACUUCAUCUUCUACAGCGUGCUGGUGGGCAAGGCAGCCGCCACCGGCAGUGGGGACUGGAACACCACGCUGGCCUGCUUCGUUGCCAUCCUCAUCGGCCUGUGUCUGACCCUCCUGCUGCUCGCCGUGUUCAAGAAGGCGCUGCCCGCCCUCCCCAUCUCCAUCACCUUCGGCCUCGUCUUUUACUUCUCCACGGACAACCUGGUGCGCCCCUUCAUGGACAGCCUGGCCGCCCACCAGCUCUACAUCUGAGGGCCGUGGGCCCCACGGUGGGCACCUGCAGGGGCCUUAACCAGACGGGAUCGUGUAGUUUUACACUCUAGUGCCAUAUAUUUUCAAGACUCUUCUUUCCUUAAAAAAAAAAAUGUAUGAUGUUUACUUCGUGGAGAGGAAGCAGAACGAGCUUUUUGGUGCUAGCUGUGCGGUCCCCAGACGGGCCCCCCCUUCAUGAGUGCCCCAUGUCCCCCAGUGCACGUCUGUCCAGAUGACCUGGGUCAGGGGGGACGUGCAGAAGGACACCUGCUCACGUCUAGAAUCCUCUAAGAACUAGGGGUCCAUGCUUGGGAGCGGCACCCAGUACCUGGUCGCUGUGGCCAGAGGAGAAAAGCCAGUUCCCUGCAAGGAAGGUUCCCAGGGCUUUGUCUAGGACAUCGUUGUUAUUUUAUUACUUUUGGAAACUGAAUCCUGUUCUUGUUAACGGCAGUUGCUGCUGGGAAGCGGCUUAAUGUUAAUAUCAAUAAAUAGUUGAGUCCCGCUGG